AAGAAAUACACUUGUACGUUGUUACCCUGCUCAGAAAAGCUUGCAAACCAAAAUCCUUGACACUUUCAGAUGUAAAAAAAAAAAGGCCUCUAUUUACAUUAUAAGAAAGACUGUAAUUGCAUACAUUCCAAGACAAAAUAGAUCAACGGUGGAAAAUAAGGGUUUAAUUAAUUUUAUUAUUUUUUUUUAAAAAAAUAUAACAUAUAAGGAAAAUAUUUAAAGCGUAAACAAUCCACAUAGACCAAAUGGAAUUAAGAUUGGAAGAAGAAAUCUUGAGCCAAAUUGGCAAAGAUACAGACGUCCCAGACAAAUCGGCAAAGUAUCAAGUCCAUGAAUCCAUUCAAGAAAAAGAUGAUACAUUAGAUGACACUGAUUCUAUUGAUAGAAAACCCCCAUUCAUGAGUGCUGCCCUCAUCCUAUUGAAUAAUUUGGUACUCUCGAUUUCAUUUUCUAUUGUCAUUCCAACCUCGAAUAGCUAUGUCAAAGUCCUUGGAGGAAGCGAAGUUCUUUCUGGUCUCAUUAUUGGUCUUCCUAUGAUUACGGCGCUCUUCUCUUUAUACCCUAUGUUACUGGUGUCGAAUCCUAAAUCUGCUAAUGGCUUUACUUUUUAUAAACGUCCCUACGUCUGCUCAUGUGUCACUGCGCUCGUUGGCCAUAUCCUUUAUUCGCUUGCUUUUAAAGCCAAAAGCAUUGCCCUCAUACUAGUCAGUCGAAUCAUUCUAGGGGUUGCAUGUGUCAUGUAUCUGUACCAUAAAAAGUUCAUGUCCGACAGAAUCCUCGUAGGUGCCAAGUACAGAACUUUUAUGAGUACUCUCAACACAAUAAUGCUAACUGCUGGGAUUGCAAUUGGUCCUUUUCUUGGCGGUCUGAUGGCUAAAACUUCUUCAAAUUCUCACAAUGCCGUAUGGAAUCAAUAUACUUCCGGAAAUUGGUUGCUCGCUAUCUUUUGGUUUGUUUUAUUUGUCAUUUCUUCUUUAUUUUAUAAUGAUGUUGAUAGUACCAUUCCUCCUAUCCCUGCCAGAAACCAAAACGACGAUUCCAAUUCUGAAGCCCGAACAACGCAUCCCCGUCCAGAUUUUAUCUCUCUUUUAAGGAUUUUUGUUGCUGGUUAUAUUGCUUUCUCUUGCUUCUUUACAAUGGAGGCAUAUCAGGCUUCCAUCCCAAUCUAUACUGCCUACCUAUACAAGUAUUCUCCUUUUCAAUCGGGAAAUUUCCUUGCACUUGCAUGCCUAAUUGAUAUCCCGUUUCUCCUUUUAUUCUCUUUUCUUUCUCGGUGGAUCGAAGAUCGAACAAUUACAUUGAUAGGUAUUUUAAUUUCGGUUAUGACAGUCGCUGUUCAUCUCAUAGUCAACAGACUUCAAAAAGAGUAUCUACAGCUUUAUUUCACUUUAUUUUGUUUUGUCUUUUUUGGAACUUCCAUUGCUUUUUCACCUCUCGUAUCUCUUCUUACAAAGCAGCUUCAUCCAGCUCAUCAUUUGCUAGCAAGCGUUGUGAUUCAAAUAAGCAUAGCUAUUGCAGACACCACCGGCCCUGUUUUCGGUGGUGCAAUCCGUACGGUUACUUCUCUUGGAUUCCUGAUAACUUUACUCGCAUUACAUGUGUUGGCAACCAUCUUUAUGCUUUGUAUUUGGAAAACCGCUAAGGUUAAGACUGGUUAAUUCU